AUGCCGCCAAAAGCUAGACAAGGUACUGGACUACCUGCCACACUAGAAAAGUUGGCACAACUCAUAGCCCAACACGUUAAUACUGCCUUGGAACAGCGUAAUUCUAACCAGCAUUCUGAACCUAGAACUAGAGAUUCGAAGAAGCGCAAGCCUGAGAGCUCAAAGAAGAAUCUCGAAGAGGAACAUGGGAAGAAACAUAGCUUGGAGAAAGCAAGUGUAGCUAACCCUAGAGAAUCGGGAAAGGGUAAUAUCGGUGAUGGACAAGAGAAGUGCGCCAGAUGUGGCCGAGCCGGACAUGUGACUCCCAAGUGUUAUGCUGAGAGUACAUUGGAUGGAGUUACGCUCGAGGGAUGCUUCGUGUGUGGUGAGCAAGGACACUAUAAAAGAGACUGCCCGAAACCGAAAGGACAAGAUUCUGUGGGUAAAGCCAUUGAGGCAAGUGCUGGGAAGGCACGUGAGAAUCUUACUUGUCACACCCCCAAAAUCCACAUGCGGAGUACCACCACUUGGAGGUGCGACUGA